AUGGCGUCUCCAAGGCCUCCGGGCGCGACAGGCCCGAUCCCCUCUCCCAACACCAGACCCAAGUCCCCAGGCAAAGGCCCUCUUCCCAGCCCUGGAGCUGCCAGGUCGUCCGCCGCCGUCCGCUCCCCACCGUCCACCAGCAAUGGACGUCCCAAUCCUCAGCAGGGGGCAAGGUCCCCAGGCGAAGCAGGGGCAGCUCGGAGCCCCCCUCCGACAGCGCGCCGGCAGUCAGGGGGUCCGGGCUCUGCCGCAAACUCCCCCCCGGAAUCGCCGGUGAGCACUUCGAUCAAGCUGAACCUGGGGGCGAAGAAGGCUCCUGUUGGGGGAGGGGGGACUGGUGUUAUCAACGGGACAAGCAGGAAUGCGACGGCCAGAGUGAACACCAGGGCUGAGGGGAUCGACUUUACUUUCGCCGGUAGCUCAACCAGCUCGUAUGCUAGUUCCUCAACCAGAGCUUAUGCUGAAAGCAGCACAGUUGAGGGUACUACUAGGAGGGUUGUGAUGGAGGGCAGCGAGGGUGGAGCUCGGAAAGUCAGCCCGACCAAGCGGCCAAUUGAAGCUGGACAGCUGUCGCCCUCCGGGCAGCCUGGCCCGAACAAGACUACGUUUGUCACCCGGCGGCCGCAGCAAGGGGGGCAAGGGCCAGCCCCUGCUGCUCCUGACACUUCUCCCCAAGUUCAAGCACGGGGCUCUGUGUCGCCAACUAGAGUCGGGACAAGAGUGACGACGAGCACGACAGAAACCACGACCCGAACUUCGACUUCUCCAACUAGAGUGGUGACCAAGGUGGUCACAAGCACGGAAGCGGGGGUAAGAGCAGCUGGGACAAAGUCCCCCCCACAAAGCACGACGACAAACAUUACCCGCUCUCCUGGGGCAACUCCCCAACUCAACGGUUCAGGGUUUACUGUGCAAUCGAGCAGGACCGUGGGCCAAAGCGGGCAGACUGGGGCUCAAUCCGAUGCGGCAAAUCUUGCUGCAAAGCGGCGGACGGUCGUCUCGUUUGCCGACCCUCAGGAAGAUGCUUCAGCGGAGGGCAUUGAUGAUGACAUCAGCGGAAAGAAGGUGACGUCAGCAAAGGUUUUGCGGGACCGGCGGCCUACCGGGUCCCCGCGCGGUAAUGUCGCAGAUGAGCAGGACGGAGAGGAGUACAAUGACGUCAGUGUGGCGAGGUCAGCUGAGCGCACCGUAACAAGGUCAGCUGCUGACGUCAGCGGCGGAGCGGCGAGGCCGAAAGUGCAGCCCGCCGUGUCCCCAGCUGACGUCAGCAACGGUGCAGGGAGGGUGACACCAAAAGCGCAGCAAGCGGCGGCGCUAAAGCCGGCGGGCAAAAGUCCGGGGACGGAGACAGACGACCAGUUCCAGGCUCGAAAAAACGCGCUGCUGUCAAAGUUCAAGGAACGGGCGGGGUUGCCGUUUCCGAAGCCAAUGGAAGCCGACACCGAAGCUGUGGAGGGCGACUUGGGAGGCCCGGAGCAGGGAGCCGAGGUCGCCAGAAGGCCGACGCCGGUGUCAAGUGCAAUGCCAGCGAUCAGUGAGGAGACGCCACGGUCGAUGGCUGCGAUGGUGACACCGAAGAAAGAGGAACUAGGAGUGGAGGGAGUUGAAGCGCGGGUGGAGCGGAAGAAGGCGGCGCUGGUGGCAGCUAGCGCGCGGCGGCCAGUAGUGACGAAGGCGGUCGUCAGGGAGGCGCAGAUUGAAGCAGCUGAGGAACUAGAGGAGGAACCGGCUGACAGAUAUGAGACGAUUAAGGCUCCUGCGAAGACUGCAGUCCCAAUCAUUGAGGAGCGAGUUGUUCGGGCAAGCCCGCUCAAGUCGGCUCUGAAGCACACGCAAGCGCUUUCCUCUGACGGAGAAGUGGAGGGGUUUCAAAGCCAGGCACCAGACGAGUACGAGGUUCAUCAAGAAGCCAAAACGGUGCCACGUGGCAGCAUCGAGGCGACCCGGCGGGCCGCCGCGCCGGCUCAACAAGCUGAGGAAUCAGAACCGGCCCUCGACGACGAGGAGACUCCUGUGCAGAAGAGACCCGUUUCUAAAGCGGUCACUUCCGCCGCCGACAAAUCCAAGUACAACCGUCUCAAGACCGUGCUCAAAGUCGAAGAAAGGGAUCUUCACUUCAACCGGAGCGGAACGUUGGCAGCGGAAAAGUUCGAGUGGCUGGAGGUCAAGCGGAAGGCGGAAGAGGAGGAAGAACUAGAGGCGGGAGAAGCGGAGGAAGAACUCGAGGCGAGAGACGACGUGGAAGAACUAGAGGCGCGGGCGACGAAAGCGGUGGCGAGGAGUUCCAAGGGCAAGAGCGGGCGCUUCGUGUUUGACAACGAGGACGGCGACGAAGACGGAGACGAACUUUCCGGGGGGCUGGAUUCCGGGGCUGCGGAUUCCCCUGAAAAGGGUGAAACAAAAGGGGGCCCAGGCGUGCUGCGCCAAUUGAAGGGGGUGCUUCGCACCGGCGCGCGCGCGAUGGAGGUGCGCGAGCCCAGCGAGUGGGGGGAUGAUGACGACAUGCACCUGCGCGACAUGACGUCAGCGAGGGACAUGGAGAGCGGGGCGGAGCCCGUCUCUGCGCGGGCUCCCGUUGAGCGAACCGGGCCUUUUGAUGGGGAGGAAGCUCUAGACUCCCCCGUGGCGCGAAAUGCCCGCCUGGGAACCCUAAAGGUCCGCACCGCCGCCGCGUUGGGCGCGGACCGCGGGGCCGGGCGAGCGAGUGACGUGAAGAAGACGCAGAAUGUGACGUCAGAGAAGCAGGCCGAGAAAGAAGCGGCCCCCCUUCAGGGGUCAAAAGAAGAGCCGUCCACCAAGCGCCUUUCGGAAGCUGCCGGGGGCAAACCGGGGGGUAAAUUCUCAGCCGAGGAUUCCGGCUCACGGGCGCUUCGGCCAAGCGACCCGGGGCAAUCUACAGAGGAGGAAGAAGAGCAGCCUCUAACUGGAAAAGAAAUGGUCCUCGCCGCGCGCGAGUACACAGGGACCGAGCUCGUGAUUCAUCCGGCCGCGGGAGACCUAGACGUUUCUCCCAGAGGGGCAGAAGGUACCGACGCGGAAAAACCGGUAGCGGGGUCGAAGUCCGUGGGGAAAAGCCGGUUUGCGGCUAAACCGGCUGAGAUAACCGUGGCCGCCGCGGCUAACCAGGCGUACUCUGCGCCCGGGCAGAGGGGGACGGCCGCCGACGCCCAAGACGGUCAGGAAGGGUUUGCGGAGGGGGUUAAGGACGGGUUACCGAGACCCGCCGGCGCGGCCGCGAGCGCGCGCCGGCCGCGCACCUUCGCGGCGAUGGGCAGCCUUAAGGACCGCGAGGGAAGGUUAAAGGGUAUGGAGAGCAUCGGCGUUUCGCGCCGGGGGGCGCAGGGAGAGUGGGCGCCCGGGUCGCCGCGGACCCCCCUCUCCGAGCAGAACGUGCGGAUCGAGUUUCUGAGGAAUGAGUCACGGCCGCUCAGCCCCAAGCUCAAGAUGUGGAGCGAUAUAAAGGAGCGAGUGUCAAGUAUGCUCAUGUUCAAGUCGACGAAGCAAAAACCAGUGGACGAGUCCAAGAAGCGGAUCCUGGUGAUCGGCGCCGAGUGCAGCGCGGGCGAGAGCACCUUACGUCAUCUUCUGAUACGCGGUGUGAAUAGGUUCGCGGUCAGCUUCGCGGUGCCGUGCCUGGAGAGCCUGCAGCGCAGCAUGACCGUCGAUCUCGCGAGCUACCACAAAAAGUACUACGCGCAGCUGCAGGCCGCGGGCGCGGACCGCGUCGAGGUCAACAUGCUGGACGAGCGCUCCCUUCUGAGUGCGAUGCGCGGGGUUUGGGGCGUGGUUUACGCGGAGCAGUGGAACCUGUACGACCCCGAAGAGGAGAUCCUGCGUGGCAAGAUGGUCGCCAACGCCGCAUUCAAGGCCGGCGUGCACCACGUGGUCUACAGCAGCGCCGAGAGCGUGCGGGACUUGCAACUGGCGGGCUUGUCGCGGCUGGAGCGCGACCCGCAGUGGGUUGUGCCGCACUUCGACAGCAAGGGCGACAUCGAAGCGUACAUGGUCGCCAUCGGGCUGCCGGCGACGUACCUGCGAGUCGCGCCUCACUACCACGAGCUGCUCGACUUCUGCCUCUUCCGGACCGUCGGAUUGGGCACGCUCGACGUCUGCCUUCCGAUGGGCUCCACUCCGUUCCCGUCCAUCUCGGCUGCUGACGUCGGCGGUUGCGUCAUGAAGAUCUUUGAGGAGCCCGGCCAGUACAGCGGACUGUGCAUCGACCUGGUUGGGUCUUACAUACCGAUGUCGGACUACUGCAAGAUCUUGUCGGAGCACCUGGGCAAGACGGUCGCCUACCGGUCGGUCACCCCGGAGUGGUACAAGGAGAACGCGGGAUACGGCCACGCGGCGUCGCUCGCGAACAUGUACUCCUUCCUGCGCGAGUACCCUGAGUAUUCCAUGAGCCACGUGGAAGAGGCGCAGGCGCUGUACCCGGAGCUGCAGACCUUCGAGGAGUGGAUGAACGGAACGACGGACGUUCCGUCGGAGAACGCGGCGGAACGCGGCGGAGCGCAGCUCACGCUGGACAUCGUGCGCGACGACGGGCUGCUGGCCGGGAGCCACGCCGGAAAGAAGGCGGCGUUCGCGGAACUGCUGGAGCUUUCCGACCGGAACCAGCGGAGAACGGCGAGUCGGCGGUGGAAAAAUAUCAAGGCGAGCGUUCAAACGAUGCCGCUCAUGGGCGGCCGCGCUCCGGCGCCUCCCAAGGCGCUGCCCACCAAAUGGAAGAGCCCGGUUCCGGCCGGAAAGGCAGCGGAAAGGGCGGCGGAAAAGACGGCGGACGAAGACGACGGCGCGAAGCAGCUUUCCGUCGAGGUUCAAAAGCGGAACGGGGCCGGAACGGAACGGAUCGGCCGGCCCGCCGCGGCGGAGCGGCCCGCACUGACGGCGGGAAGCGCCAAGCCUGAAAUUCCGGGAUCAAGGGACCGGCGGUCCGUACCGGAGCUGAUGGACAAGCCCGGGUUGCCCGCGUUGAGGGACCGGCCAGCUGUCCCGGCGGUUCCCGAGCUGAUGGAUAAGCCGGGGUUGCCCGCUUUGAUGAACCGGGCGGGGCCGCGGGAAGCGCCCGCUUUGGGCGGGAGGCUCGCGUUGGCGACAGGAUCGGUGUGA